CAAGGCUGAUAGGGAAGAAUCCGAAGGAAUGACAGGUUAGGAAUCCACUCGGAAGGAGUUGAAAAUUCAUCUCGCGUUCGGAUUCUCUGAUUAGUUCCGGGAAAAAAAAAACGCUCGUUCUCGAUCGUCCGUUACAUAAUUACGACUAUCGUGAACGACAUUCCAUGAGAAACCAGUAUCUCGGAACUAUAUAGAAAACAAUCUCAUUAUGAUAGCCUUAUUGACCAGGCGAGCGAGUGGAGGGGGUCUUCGAAAGUCUGUAUCGCGCAUUCUGGACCACAGGAAUUCAUCUGCUGCCGCCGCCUCGAAGAGAACGAAAAUGAGUAAACUUAGUCCCGAGGAAAGGAAGGAGAGCUUGAAUCCGCUGUUGUCGACGGGAUGGACCGUUCAGCCGGACAGAGAUGCGAUCUACAAGGAGUUUGUAUUUACGAAUUUCAAUGAGGCCUUUGGAUUCAUGACAAGGGUGGCCUUACAGGCGGAAAAGAUGAACCAUCAUCCGGAAUGGUUCAAUGUUUACAACAAAGUGAACGUUACCUUAUCCUCUCACGAUGUGAACGGAUUGUCACAGAGGGACGUGAAACUGGCAACUUUCAUAGACAAAGUUGCCGCUGGUACUGGCAAAUAAAACUGAUAACGGCCUACUCGUUGAUAUAUCAAAGAAAGCUCUAUCUGUUGUACACAUUUCUUUCAUAUACACAUGACAAUAAUGUAAUCGAUAUGUUUGUUACAAUUGAUUUGUGAUAUAAAAUACUAAUGGAAUAAAUUAUAACUUUUCUUUAGCUUA